CAGCCUGAGCAGCCUUGAAAAAGCAUUUCCAUGUCUGGAGGCAGGAGGAUGAAUCCUACAGCUCCUCAGACCUGGCCAUGGGCCGCAACCUUCGAGAAAAGGAUUUCGAGAAACUUCACAAAGCGGCCUCGAUGGGAGAUUUAGAGAAGCUGAAGAAAUACCUUCAACUCAAGAAAUAUGAUGUGAAUAUGUGGGACAAAGAAUACAAAACACCUUUGCACCUGGCCUGUAAGAAUGGAUAUAUUGUAUCUCUCUUAAUUGAAAAACAAUGCAAAAUAAAUGUUCAGGAUGAUGAAAACAGAUUCCUAGUGAUUAAGGCAGUACAGUGUGGAAAGGAGAUGUGCACCACUAUUCUUCCAAACCAUGGUGCAGACCCUAAUCUGAUGGAUUUGCAUUGUAAUAGUGCUCUUCCUUAUGCUGUCUGUGGUCAAAGUACCUCAUUAACUGAACACAAGGCCAAUCUUGAAGCUAAAAAUAAGGAUGGGUAUACUCCACUUUUACUUGCCAUUAUUGAAAAUAAUGUAGAAAUGGUAGAAUUUCUUCUGAAGAAAGGGGCCAAUGUGAAUGCUUCAGAUAAGACUCAAAGGUACUAUCAUUUGAUUGCUAAUAAGGAAGUUAAACAUCUAACUCUGAAGAAAUGACUUUGGGGGGGACUACCUGUGAUACAAAGUGGAAGAUAGAACACACUGUAUAUACUUUUCAUUGUGCUCCUUGCUGUAUCUUACACACAUAACAUAUGAUCUGGCUUCAGAACU